CAGUUCAAAACGAAACAAAGGUUGGUGCAGUUAGCGGGCGAGAGGAAUUCGUUAACAAACGAUAGAAAGAGUCGUUAUUCCGUUAUUAAGCAUCUACCUCCCAAAAUAAAAAAACUUACAAACCAAGUUUAUUUUGAAAGCUAAUGCAAUUUUAACACGCUAUACUGUAUGCCACUGCGUAUGAUGUGUAUAGUGAAAUAACUGCUAAGCAGAUAUACCAAGAAAAAUAUGUUAAUCGCUUUUAUCAUACAUAUUAACUUUAUUUCCUUGGCAUACAGAAAUUUUGGUCAAAUUUCUCUACUCUAAUGUGAGACAGCGCUAAGUGGUGGUCAAAAUAUUUAUUAAUAGUGCCUCCAAACCCGAGAUAUUCGUUGCAGGAAUGUUGUAAAUUGUGACGGUUAUUUUGUAAGCAAUCAUCUACAAUAAGGCAGAGUUAGUGGCAUUCGUCGUGCAUACCUCGCAAAAUAUGGUGACGCGUUCUCAGAUUAUAUAAUGGAGCCUGAUUUCCAUAAAAAUGAAGCUCAGGCACGUAUUUUGCAUGCGAAAGCCGGCAGGGAAAGCCGCCCAAAACAUGAAGGGACGAAUCAACAAGAGGCAACGAACAACUGUUCACCAACUGGGACCAUAUUUCUUUAUAAGAAUACUCAAAGUAAUCCGGAGAGUAACUCAAGCCAUGUUGCAAAAAAAGAAUGGAGCGAUGGCUGUAAAGCAACUAAUCAAAGCUUAGGAACACCAUCGACAGAAGGUGUUCAACAGGAGACAGAUCCCGACGAGGACAAGUGCAUUUUAUUUGGAAAAAUUAGAAAUGGUUGUGAUAUAAAUUUAAAACCAAAGGAAUCCGACAAUUCCCUUUGUCAGAUAUUACAAAACAUGAAUGUCGAAUUGGCGCCCUCUGCGCCUAAUUGUAUAUUAGGUAAGAAAAAUGACAAUUCUUUGCAAGACGUUUCGAGCCAAAGUAAAGAAAUGUCUAGUUUGAACUCAUUUCCAUCUGUGAUAUCCAAUGUCAGUCAAUGCGAGAAUAGGUUGAUAUCUGAAGGAGAGCAAUUUGAUAUGUUAUCAAAAAAGGAUAAUGACAUUUCCUACACUUCUAAUGAUUGUUGCAAUGUCCUUAUGCAAAAUGCCACAACGCUUACUACACAACCCGCAUUAAGCCUUGCGUGUCAAACUCAAAAUAUACCCAUAACCUCACUUGCAUGCAUUACACCCAAAGAUCUCCCUAACCGUGUCCUCCAGCAUCAGCCACAGUGUCAUUUAAAAAAUGAUGUGACAGGCACUGUGUCCUCCUCCGAAUGCACUAAUUAUUUAUCUGCUCCAUUAAGUCGAAGUCAGAGACAGUCGUUAUUUUCAAAAUCGCAAUCAUUUGACAUUGGCGAGGACCUGCCUUCAAACUCGUACACUGAAAAGGAUGAUCAUGUAUAUUCCCAAUUGUCAGACAUCAACGAGGAUAUACAACAACAGCACAGGAUAGAAUACUUGGAGAGAAGUGAAGAAGAACACGACAAAAAUUGUCAAGUCGAAAGAGAAGACGCGUGGAAUAUGUCAGCGUACACAACACAGAAGACAGGAAUGCUAUCAAAGCCGCAAUCUUUAGAUUCUCGUCCGAUAUAUCCUAACGUGCCAUUUAGCCCAUAUGCCAGUCCAUUCAGUAGCCCAAGAACGAAUAGAAGGAGGCCUCCUUUGCGUGAAUCAAGACGUGUAUCAAUCGAACAAAGUGGAAGUUUUCUUCAAUUGAAUCAAUACAAGCUGCUGGAUCAAAUUGGCCAGGGUUCCUAUGGACUUGUUAAGUUGGCCUAUUCCGAAGAAGAUUCUACACACUAUGCCAUGAAAAUUUUAUCGAAACGGAGGCUACUUCGCCAAGCUGGCCUUCUGAAACGAGGUCCCAAGAAAGGAACGUCCCCUCUUGAUCGAGUGUAUCGUGAAAUCGCAGUCUUAAAGAAACUAGACCAUCCAAACGUAGUCAAAUUGGUUGAAGUUCUUGACGACCCACUGGAGGAUUCGCUGUACAUGGUGUUCGAGUUGGUGAAAAAGGGAGAGGUGCUGACCAUACCGACAAAAAAUCCUCUAACGUUUGAGCGAGCUUGGAGUGUUUUCCGUGAUACAUUGCUUGGAUUAGAAUAUUUACAUUACCAGCGAAUUAUUCAUGCCGAUAUAAAACCAGGAAAUCUUUUGUUGACUGAAUGUGGGCGAGUAAAAAUAGCAGAUUUAGGGGUCUGCAAUGAAUUUAUCGGGGAGGAUUCAACAAUGACCAAUUAUUCUACUGCUGGAACUCCUGCUUUUAGAGCACCCGAAACAUUAAACGUCGGUCAGAAUGUAUAUUGUGGAAAAGCUGCCGAUAUAUGGGCCCUAGGUGCUACAUUGUACGCUUUGGUUUUUGGAAACGUUCCGUUUGUGGCUGCUUCCGUUCCAGUGCUGUACGAUAGAAUAAAAAACAAACCGCUCUCUUUCCCCGAAAAUAGUAAACCAUGCCCAGAUUUGAAAGAUUGUAUAGAACGCAUGUUAACUAAAAAUCCAGAGACUCGUAUUACUCUACCCCAAUUAAAGGUUCACCCAUGGGUCGAAGUGAGUGGUAUGCAUCCCUUACCAAGUGAGGAGGAAAAUUGUCGAUUAGUGCAAGUUGACGAUUGUGACAUCAACUCUGUAGUACGUAGUAUUCCAAAACUGGAUACGUUAAUUCUGAUAAAGACAAUGCUAAAACAGCAUUCAUUUGGCAACCCAUUUUCUCGUGGUGUUUCUGGCCGAGCUCCCCAACGUGGCGGCUCACGUUUAGAGCGAUUUGUUCGUGCUGGACGCUCAAACUCUGCACCCGGAUCAUACAACAACAUUGAAGACAGACAAAUAUGUGUUGAUAACAUACUUCCCGCUCUCUCCGAAUACUCCGCUUCAAAUGGCACAAAUGAGGAACAUUAGUAGACCCAGUCCUUCAAGUCUUCAAAAGCACAAGUUGAAUUAAAUUCAAAAUAUAAAAAUAUUAUAGGUUACAUAAAUACUUAAUAUUAUUCUCUUUAAAAAAUUGUUAAACCUAUCGUCAACAUAUGUUAUUUUGAUAUAGCGAUUCAUAAACAACUAAAAGUUAAUAAAAAAAAA